CGUUUUAAAAAAACAUUUCUUGAUUUCUUCUAAAUUGAAACUCUGACUUGAUAAAUGGGACAAGUGAUAACAAUAUUACUUUAUCAUUAAUCGUUAUACCGGUAACGUUUAGAGUUUAGACUUGACGACUACGUGAAACGCGUCUCAAUAAAGAUUAAAAAUGUUUCGUGGCUACUCGUUGGUCGUACGUAGGUACUAAGUACUCGAUACAUAAAUAUUAAAUACGUUAAAUCAAUAAAUCGUAAUAAUUAUUAAUUAUUACUGGCUUUACGGACAAUUGUAAUGUAGUCAUCGUGGCUUUGUCGUUUUGAAAUAGAUAUACGCCGUCGCUUUUGAACAUGUUUUCAAACUAUGCUCGGGGUUCAUUACCGUCAUUAUUAUUAUUAAAAUGAAUACAUUAUUCUGUCCGGAAUUACACAAUUUGUCUUUCACGCCGACUAUGGAUUUUCAGUGAUGUCUUGACCUAGUCAGUAGUCUUCAAAUUCAAAAUGACAAUUUCCUUGCACGUCGUUAUAACGUGCGUGAAGUUGCUCCUGUUGCCAUCAUAUUUUUCAACCGAUUUCGAGGUGCAUCGCAACUGGCUAGCCACCACGUACAGUCUACCCAUAUCGCAGUGGUAUUCAGCUAAACAUUCGGAAUGGACAAUCGACUAUCCACCAUUGUUUGCGUGGUUUGAAUACUUCUUAGCUCAAAUUGCUGCCUUUGUUGAUAUUGACAUGUUGUCGAUACACAAUCGUAACUAUUCGUCAAAUGCCACUGUAUUCUUUCAACGACUCAGCGUCAUUAUUACUGAUUUUGUGUUUUAUUAUGGAUCUCGAAAAUGUGCUCAGUCAAUUGCAUUACUUGUGAAAUCAACAAAGACUAAAAAGAAAACUAUGGAUGAAAGUAAAAUUUCUGUUUUUGUCAUUGAACUCUUGUUAAUAGCUAAUGUAACAUUAUUGCUCAUUGACCAAAUACACUUUCAGUACAAUGGCUUUCUUUUCGGUAUCUUACUUAUAUCAAUAUCUCACAUUUUAAAGGGUGAAAACUAUCGAGGUGCAUUUUGGUUUACGGUUUUGUUAAAUUUCAAACAUAUUUAUUUAUACUUGGCACCAGCAUUUUUUGUUUACUUAUUAAGACACUUUUGUCUUCAAAAAAAUAUACAAUUUGCAUUGAAAAGACUUAUAAAAUUAGGUUUAAUUGUUCUCGGUGUAUCCAGUAUCUCAUUUGGCCCUUUUAUAUUCAAUGGUCAAAUUUUACAGGUUUUUAAACAGUUAUUUCCAUUCAAACGAGGUUUAUCACAUGCUUAUUGGGCACCAAAUUUUUGGGCUUUGUAUAAUACAGCUGAUAUUGGUGCUAAAAUUACAUAUAAAGACUACGAUUUAAUAAAAAACAAUAAUUCAGCAUCAAUGACGAGAGGUUUAGUUCAAGAAUUCGAACAUACUGUUUUUCCAUCAAUAACUCCUCAGAUUACUUUUAUUUUAACAAUAAUUUUUAUGUUGCCAUGUUUAUAUAAACUUUGGAAAUCCAAUAGAAAUCCAAUUGAUUUUGUCCGAUGCCUUGUGUUGUGUGGUUUGACUUCAUUUAUGUUUGGUUGGCAUGUUCACGAGAAAGCAUUAUUGCUAGCUGUCAUACCAUUAACACUUCUAGUAUUUUCCUCUACAAAUGAUUGUUCCAUGUUUACAAUGCUAUCAACCAUAUCUACAUAUUCUGUUUUUCCAUUAUUGUUUAAACCAUUUGAAUUCAUUACUAAAUCACUAUUACUUUUAGUUAAUGUUUCAUUUUUGUAUAAUACUGGUAAAUUUAAAUCAUUGAAUCGUAUAGAAAAAUUGUAUUUAAUAAGUCUAGGACCAUUGUUGUUAUUGACCGAGGUUGGAUGGAUGGUUUUAAGGUUUGAUCAAAGAUAUCCAUUUCUCCCAUUGAUGCUUACUUCAUUCCAUAAUAGUAUAGGUGUUUUUUAUUGUUGGAUAAAGUACUACUUAUAUUAUAUUUGGCAAUAAAUUAUAUAAUUUUAAUAAUUUACAUGUGUGCUGUAAAGAAAGAGGGCAUUUUAUAAAUAAGGAUUUAUCAAUAUUUGAUUAAGAAAUGUGUUAAAAUUUUUCAAUAAUGUGAUUAUAAAGU